GUUCAUAUACUCACAACAGUCUAGCGUCUUUGUUCACUCGCCUUGUUCACUCGUUUCCCUCGUUCACCCACAAGUCUUACACAAACCAAAGACUAAUAUGCCAGAAACAAACAACAACGCAAAAAAAGUAGCUCCCUUCUCUACUCGGAUCUGUGAGGCAUCAGAUGUGUGACAGUGAACAUAGCCAGAUGCAGAGAAUUCAUGGACAGAGGCUAAAAGUCCGCACCCGUAUUGACGGACAGCCAAAAUGGUUGCCGAUCCCACCUUCGUAGACGCGUAGAAGCAAAAAAAUAUAUAGAUUUAUAUUAACAUGGCAAAAUGAACAAAUUACCUACCCCGCGCAUUCACAACACCAAUGACGUUGAUAUCGCCCCAAAUGGUCGAGGACAUUGUCGUCAAGGAUGACGCUCCGUUUGUCAUUGACCACUGGCACAAGCAUUCCACAUGGGAGAGCAAGCUCUCCACCAUUCCUUCUCUCAAGAGAAAAGCAUGCCUGGGAGAGUACAGUGUGACUCACUGCUGCCAAAUGCUAGUAACCUACUUGCUGUCGCUUUUCUCAAAUGGCCGAACAAGUCCUGUACUUCAAUUGAAACUACCUGCCGGGAUCACCGCAACAUGGUGGACGUUGACAUUUUUAAUGCAAGACUACCUUGCGACAGUGCUUCGUUCCACUGUUAAGAGUCAAUUGAUGUCCGACUAUCCUCUUUAUGCGAAAGAUUUGUCUUGUUCCGCUAAGAGUGGCAGGAGUUUCUUAUGGAUAAGAUCAUGCCCCAAUGUCAAAGAUGAUUGUAUUGAACAAAAGAGAUAUUGA